UUUGCACGGGCUCUAUCAGGAGCCCAGCCUCACUUCUCCGCCUCCUUUCGGGUGUAAUAGUCCACAUCCUCCUUUCUCCUUCAACUCAACACAGGCAGGCAAGCAAGCAAGCUACUCACAGCUGCUUUUCCCUCUCACUCACUCUUCACAACCUCAUGGCUCCGCCAAGAAUCCUCUUAUGCGGCGACGUUUUAGGCCGCCUGAACCAGCUAUACAAGCGUGUCCAAUCGGUCAACAAGUCAGCCGGUCCAUUCGAUGCGCUAUUUUGCGUCGGCCAGUUCUUUCCAGCCUCGUCGGAGCAGCUGGAGGAGUUCAUGGACUACAUUGACGGCCGCUCUCACAUUCCUCUUCCGACAUACUUUAUCGGGGACUACGGCGUCGCCGCACCUAAAGUAUUGUCCGCCGCUUCCAAGAAUCAUGCGAAAUUAGGGUUUAAAAUGGACGGUUUUGAAAUUUCUGAUAAUCUUUUUUGGUUAAAAGGCAGCGGGAAGUUUAUUCUCCACGGUUUGUCAAUUGCAUACUUGUCUGGUAGGCAGUCAGCAGAUGGUCAACAAUAUGGAACUUAUAGUCAAGAUGAUGCUGAUGCAUUGCGAGCGAUGGCUGAGGAACCUGGAGUUGUUGACUUAUUUCUAACUAAUGAAUGGCCAAGUGGGGUCACAAAUAGAGCUUCUAUAUCUGAUAUUCCCACAGGAAUAUCAGAUUCAGUAGGUAGUGAUUCCACUGUAUCUGAGUUAGUAGCAGAGAUCAAACCGCGCUAUCACAUUGCAGGUACUAAGGGUGUAUUCUUUGCUCGUGAACCAUAUUCUAAUAGUGAUGCUGUGCAUGUUACCCGCUUCUUAGGUCUUGCUUCAGUUGGAAAUAAGGACAAGCAGAAAUUUAUCCAUGCAAUUUCUCCUACUCCAGGAUCUACAAUGACAUCUGCAGAGAUUAGCAUGAAGCCCUCUAACACUACCUUAUCCCCUUACACAUUCAUAGAGCAAGCAGCUGCUCCUAAAGAAGGCACUAAGAGGCCUAGUGACAGUAUGUCUGAUUCACAGUAUUGGAGAUAUGAUGUCUCCCAAAAACGUCAUAGAACUGGAGCUGAUGGUGAUAAGCUGUGUUUUAAAUUUGUAUUUUCUGGUUCUUGCCCGCGGGAGGAGAAAUGCCAUUUUCUUCAUGACAUGGAUGCAAGGGAACAGUAUUCUAGAGGUGUUUGUAUUGAUUUUCUUGUCAAAGGAAAAUGCGAAAGGGGUCCAGACUGCAACUUUAAGCACAAUUUGCUCAGCGAAGGUGAGAGUUAUUCUCACAGGAGACGCGGCUUUGAAAAUGCUAAUACCAACAGGUCAAAAGAGUGUUGGUUUUGUUUAUCAAGCCCUGGUGUGGAGUCACAUCUAAUUAUUAGCAUAGGAGAAAAUUACUACUGUGCCCUAGCCAAAGGCCCCCUUGUUCAAGACCAUAUACUAUUAGUCCCCAUUGAGCAUUCUCCUAAUACCCUUUCCCUACCCCAAGAAUGUGAAUCUGAACUUGUCAGACUCAGGAAAAGUCUCAAAUUAUAUUAUAACAAACAGGGAAAGGAGACUAUCUUAUUUGAGUGGGCAUCCAAGCGUGGCACUCAUGCUAAUCUUCAGGCUGUUCCUGUUCCAUCAUCCAGAGCAGCUGCUGUCCAAGAUAUAUUUAAUAUGGCCGCUGAAAAGCUGGGGUUUAAAUUUGUGACCAUGAAGUUCAAUAAUAAUUCAGACGGGAGAAAAUGGUUGAGGACGCAAUUUGAUAGGAACUAUAGUUUCUUCUAUGUGGAACUCCCUGAUGGUACUGUACUAUCACAUUCAGUUAAGGAGAAUGAAAGCUUUCCAGCACAAUUUGGACGCGAAGUUCUAGCAGGUUUGCUGAACAUGCCUGAGAGAGCUGAUUGGAGGACUUGUACCCUAAGCAAAGAAGAGGAAACAAAAAUGAUAGAUGAAUUGAAGAAACAAUUUGAAGAGUUGAAUCCAGCUGAAUGAAUUAUACAAAUAAAUGCUAGAACCAGCAGUUUUUUGCUUGAUACCAAGGAUUAUUAGGUUAUUCACGCACAGUGCUUCUUCCUUCAGGUACUUUCAUGCUUCCAAUGUCAGAUCGUCUAAGGUCUUUUAACUUCAUAAUAUAAGUGGAUCUGCUGUUGGAGCAGUGCUGAAGACAUUUCAUUGACCUUUAAACACCAGGUUUAUGACUACCCUAAUGGUUUCCACUCUCCCUACUGCCAUACUGUUGCACCAACUGCUUAUUUUGUUUUUUGAACAAUAAAGCCUAGCAGUGACAUGCUACAAAAGCAACUUCUGUUUUUGCUACAAUCCAAGCAUAAAGAUGAUGCCUGUCUAGCCUUAAGGAAUGCCUUGGACCCAUAUUUUACCUGUUGACUUUCUGUAUUUGGCAUACAUGACGCCAUUCGUCUCUGUGGCUUUGUAGUUUGGCACCACUCUAGAAAUGAAUAUUCGGAUGCUCGACUUCCAGCUUGAUAUUGUACUUCCAUAUGCAGCAGAAUACCGUUUUUGUAUUUAUCCAAAUAGACCCCCUUGCUUAUGACCCCCCGCUUUGGGAACCUCCUUUUUUCUCUACUUAUGUUGCAGUUGCUAUCUGGGGAUAUAAGCAUUAUAACCAGGUCUCUGUUUCUUGUUAGUCUAUUGUGUAGUCUUAGUUUUUCUACAUAGUUCUUGACAGUUUAAGUUAAAAGUUGCUUUAGUUUUU